AGGAGGAGGAGGAGGAGGAGGAGGAGGAGGAGGCUGUUACCGCCGCCACCGCCGUCAUUCUCUUCCUGCAGCCCUGCAGCAGAGCCCGCCAGUCCGAGCUCUGGGGGCGAGUGGGAGCCGGGAAGGGAGAAGAAAGCUGCCGGCCCCGACGGCCAGGGGAAAGCCACCAGCCCUAACCCUGCAAGCUUCUCCAUCCACAAUGGCAGCAGCACUACCCAGAACCCUUGGAGAGUUGCAGCUUUAUCGAAUACUACAGAAAGCCAAUCUCUUAUUUUAUUUUGAUGCCUUCAUUCAGCAGGGAGGCGAUGAUGUCCAGCAAUUAUGUGAGGCAGGUGAAGAGGAGUUUCUUGAGAUCAUGGCCCUUGUUGGCAUGGCCAGCAAACCACUUCAUGUCCGAAGACUGCAAAAGGCCUUGAGAGACUGGGUCACGAAUCCCAGCCUUUUUAACCAGCCCCUGACUUCCUUACCGGUCAGUAGCAUUCCAAUAUACAAGUUACCGGAAGGAUCUCCAACUUGGCUGGGAAUAUCAUGCAAUAGUUAUGACAGGAACAGUAGCACACGUGAGCCUCAUUUGAAGAUUCCAAAAUGUGCUGCCACGACAUGUGUCCAGAGUGUGGGGGCAGGCAAGUCUGAUGGGAUAGGACACUUGCCCCUGCAGGUCAGCAGUGAUCAGAGACUAUGGCAAGGACACCACACUACAGAGAGUGAGCACAGUCUUUCUCCAGCAGAUGUUGGUUCUCCUGCCUCCCCAAAGGAGAACUCGGAAACGUUGGAUGCCGCAGCCGCUUUGUCAGUGACCGAGUGUGUUGAGCGUAUGGUUCCCACCCUCCCCAAAAGUGACUUGAAUGAAGUAAAAGAACUAUUGAAAAUCAAUAAAAAACUGGCCAAGAUGGUUGGUCACAUCUUUGAGAUGAGUGACGAGGACCCUCACAAAGAAGAGGAAAUUAGGAAGUACAGCGCAAUAUAUGGCAGAUUUGACUCCAAAAGAAAGGAUGGUAAACAUCUCACCCUCCACGAGCUCACAGUUAAUGAAGCAGCUGCUCAGCUGUGUGUAAAGGAUAAUGCGUUGUUGACCCGGAGGGAUGAGCUCUUUGCACUGGCACGGCAAAUCUCUCGAGAAGUUACGUACAAGUAUACUUACCGGACCACCAAGUCGAAAUGUGGAGAAAGAGAUGAGCUGUCACCAAAGAGAAUUAAGAUAGAGGAUGGCUUUCCUGAUUUUCAGGAUGCGGUCCAGAGUUUCUAUCACCAGGAUUCAGUCAAACUUCAGCAAGCAUUGUCCAAAGGGAAGUGUGAAGACCUGACUGCACUUGCUUCACAGCCUGAGAAGAUGAUGGCCAAACAGAUGGAGUUCCUUUGUACCCAAGCUGGCUUGGAGAGGCGGCUUUCCACAGGUCUUUACAGGCAAAACUCAGAGGAACACAGUCCCAAUGGCUUGGCUUUGGAUCACGCGGACGGGCAAGGUGAAAGGCCUUUGAAUCUCCGUAUGUCAGGUCUACCAAAUAGACAUCUGCCACACAUUUCAUUAGAUGGAGAGCCUCACGUAGUGAAGCCUCUUUGCAGUGAGUUGAGUCGACUGUAUGCCAGUGGUGAGGCAAAGUCACAAUCAUCGGAAGGCCUGGGUAUCAUGAAAGAUUUUCCUCAUUCAGCUUUCAGCAACCUCGAAAGAAAGGUCAUAAAGACAGAGCCAGAAGACCCAAGAUAGCCAUGUGUUUUUAAAAAAAAUUAUUUCAGCUACAAACAAGAAACAAAACUAGCCUUAAUAACCGGUGUUGCCUCAUAAGUGAUUUCAUAGCCAAAGCCUAAGAACUGGGACAGUCAUAUUGAGGAACUGACAUAAAAAAAGAAAACCCAACCUCUUGGACAUUGAAACUGUGGUGCAAAGUGGGUACAAACUCUAUGAAGAAAGUGGCUUCAUAAUAUGAGAAAGGUUCACAAACUAAUAUUGUGAGCCCUUGUUAUUUAAGAAUGUAUUGUGUAUUUGUAUAACUUAAAAGUUAAAAACCUAGGUGUUAGAAUGUGUAUUAAGUCCAGUAGAUGUGGCUGCCAUUAUUUUUACUUGAAAUUUUAAUGUCUACUUUAAAUGUAGAUAUAGUAGAUAUGUGUGUGGGUUUGGGUUUUUUAAACCCUUUGUGUGGGGCAGGGGGGUGGGCAGAAUGUGGGAAUGGGAGGAAGAAGCCUGGUAUAACAUUACUUUAACAACGGUUUUGCAAUGUUUCUUUUUAUAAAAAGCAGAAAAUAAGCAAUUCCAUAAAUGUUAUAGUGAUAUAGCAUUUAAAAGAGCUGACUGUAUUAUAACAGGCAUUUUAGUGCUUCUUGAUGUUGAGUCAGUCUCAGAGACUUCAUGAACAUUCAUUUGCAAUGUAUUUAUUUACACUGUAUUUUUUGUCCACUGUUUAAAGACUUGAGGAGGGAAGAAAAAGAAACACAUGAUUGGUUCAUACUCUGUGCUCUGCUCCCAUCGUAAAGGAUUUGUGAUUGAUGCUUCCAGAGAAACAGCCAAAAUGUUGGCAAAGUUUUUGGAAAGUUGCUUAAUUUUUUUUGUUCAGUUGGAAGGCUUCAGAUAACAGAAGAGAUGGAAAAGCAAUGCAAGAAACGUAGACACUCUGAAAUAACCAGCGAAUUCAUAUUUAAAAAAGGAAUGGGGGAUGAAUAUUCUACUGGUACAUGAGUAGGUAAACAGCUGCUUUAGCAGCCUGCUGGACUAUUUGUAAACCAUACGCUGCCUAUACUGUGGACUGAUAACAUUUCCUUUUGAUCCAGUGUACCCACGUCUUAUUCUGUGGAGGAUAUCUUUUGUGUGGGUGGUUUGUUUCUCAAAAGUGCCACACUUUGCCUAUAAUGUAAUGCUUGACUUAUAAGAGUCAUCUUGGUUAUUCACCUCUGGGGUAUUUUGGUGUUGUGUCCGUUGUGCAUAAUACCAUUGUGAUAUGUCACCUUAAGUAGCAGCUCUUUCUCCUCAGCAUUACUUAAGAUUGUGUGGCAGUUAAUCAGGGUUUCAGCACCUUAGUCCAAUCUCCAGAUGUGUUGAGCUACAGUUGCCAUUAUUUCAACUUGGGGGUGAUAGGAGCUUCAAUGCAAUUCAACGGGGGGUGCCAAACUGUGGAAAGUUGUUGAGUUUAUAAAAAUGCCGAAUUUAUUUAGGAGCAGUGUUUUUUUAAGCUACUCAAUGAGGUGGAACAUCAAUUUUUCCCCAAUGUGCAACUGACCAGUACAAUAUUGUGGCAUUUUUUUUAUCGUAUUCAUGUAGUUUCGUGGAACCAUAGUCAGUGGUUCAUUGGCUGCCACUGGUCUACAGAUGGCUACUUUAAGCCUUAGAGUCCUUCCAGAGAGGAGCAAAUGGGUAAUGAAACAGCUGCCAAAUCUUACUGGCCUCCUGCUAUGUCAGACAUGGGCAAACUUGGGCCCUCCAAGUAUUUUGGACUUUAACUCCCAAAAUUCCUAACAGGAAUUGUGGGAGUUGAAGUCCAAAAUACCUGGAGGGCCCAAAUUUGCCCAUGCCUGUGCUAUUUGGUCAUUGUCUUCACAUCUGUGUAGAUGUGAGCUGUGUGUGAAUCAUUUUGCACCCCUGAAACUGUCCAGGUAAUGUCUGAUGCCAUGUAGAUACGUGAGUCGCGGUUCACUAUAAUAUGUGUUUAAUAACUGUAUUACUUGAUUUAUGGAGUCACACUGACUACUAGAAUCACCAGUGCACACAUUUUUAAAAUCAUGUAAGGGAAAAUGUUUUCUGUUAAAGAAAGUUUAACUGAGUUGCGGUCAAAUGUGUUCAGAUGAAUUCUGCAACUCAGUGGAUCGGAAGAAGAAGAAAAAAUGUUCAAUUUAAAGUGGCUCAUUUUACUGUUUUGUGACUUUGCAGCCCAAGCGUGUGUGCCCUUGUUCCCAAAGGUUGCAAAUAGUACUGCCUCAAAUCUGAGGAGUUUCACAUGAUAAGACAGCCAUUACAGGCAAAGAAAGCACAUGUUGCUAUCCGUAGCACAGAACAUCUUGGUCUAAUAAAGUCCACUGUAACGUAGUGUACAUUUAAAUCAGUAGUACAGAUUUAUUUUUUAUAUUUUCACUUGUAUAUGACCUGACUCAGCUGUGUUGUAAGUAGGUUUUCAAAGUGUUGUUUGUUUGUUUUAACAGUCCAGCAGACCAUUUCAGGGCCAAUAAAUAGGCUUUUUGUUUUAUUCUUAAUUUUUUAAAAAAACAUUUGUAGAAUGUCUUACACGACUUUUUAAUUUUUAUCAAAGUAAGCUGAAGUAGCUAAAAAUACUCUUUAAGUCUUUUCUAAUAAACUUUCCUUCGGUCCCUUCUACACUGUCCUUAUAUCCCAGGAUCUGAUCCCAGAUUAUCUGGCAGUGGAGAUUCAUAUAAUCCAGUUCAAAACAGGUAACCUGGGAUCAGAUCCUGGGAUACAUGAAGAGUGUAGAAGGGGACUUUACAAGAUGUACCUUAUUGUUGACAGAACAGCUAGCACAAACAUGCAAACGGCUGUUAAAGAAGUGUCCUUCGCCCAAGUAGGUCACUUCAGAAAACAUAGUGAAAACACAUUUGAAAUUCCUCUUCCUUCAGUUUUCCUCAGGAACACAUCACUUCCAGUCUUGUAACUUAGACUUAUCUCCAGUUUAUUUAUCUUCACCAAUACAGGGAGAGUUUGAUGUGGGAUUAUCUAUGUAACCCUCACUGCCCUUCUGCGGAGAGCAGUUGUGUUGUGUUGAGUGAUAUCACACACGCAGUUGAAUAGACUCCAAAAGCCAUGGCUUUUCAAAUCCACAAAUCCUGCUUACCUUUCAGUCUUAAAAGAUAGACUGCUUUUUAAUGCUAAUCACUGAAAUGUUAUGGUUACAGCACUGUGCUGAAAAUUCAUUCCAUGUUUUUGACCAUUGUUUUUGAUAGAGGAGAAUUUUCUUUGGGGGAAAAAUUGCAGAGGAAAGGGAAAAGAAAUCUCAUUUGGAGAAAUUCUCAUGGGUAGCCUUCAGGAUAUCACACCUGGGAAGGAGGGGCAAGAACGUGUGUGAAUGUCCUAUUUUUUUUUUUAUUGUACUGUCCUCUCCCUAGCAGCAUCCCACACUCCAGUUCAGGCCCAGGGGAAGAUCUCAUCCUUCAGAAAGUCCCGUGGGCAGCCAGGGAAACAGCCGAGUGCUAAAGAAACAUGCCAGAGAAAGAAAAGCACACAGGGCACCACCAUUAACCACACCAUAGAAAUAGACAAGCACUGUACAGGAUUCUUGCUGCCAUAUAUAUAGGGCAGAGAUGGACAACUGUGCAGAGGCCAUGGACGAUGGUUUUCUCCCCAGAACCAUCCCUGCAGUCCACAACCCCCAUGCCAAAGGGCUUCAGUUUAUUUUCUUGACACUUCCUGUCACUGUUUUGAGAAAGACUAGAACAGUGGUUCUCAGCCUGGGGUCCCCAGAUGUUUUUGGCCUUCAAUUCCCAGAAACCCUAACAGCUGGUACACUGGCUGGGAUUUCUGGGAGUUUUAGGCCAAAAACAUCUGGGGACCCCAGGUUGAGAACCACUGGACUAGAAUAAAAUCAGAUAUUUAGGAUGGAGUCCUUUUAAGCAUUUGUGGAUGUUUACAGCUCUGUAGUGCGGGCUUGAGGUGAAAAUUGCACUUAAAAAAUCAGGGUCGAGGGGGUUGUAGAGAUUGGUUGGUGUCUUCAGGAACUACAUGUGGCUUGCAGGCAGAACUUUGGCCAUACCUGAUUGAAGGACUUUCAUCUCCAUCAUCCACAUGAAUCUCUAGAGCAAUACUGUGUGGGGCACUGUGAAGGGUACAAAGUAGUGGCAGCAACCCAGGAAAAUGCUUUGCAAAAAAGAAAAGGGAGGCUCCACUAUAGCUGCUGCUAAUAGUGAAUGUCACCUAUGAGGCCUUGUUGGAGAAUUUCUAUUAUUUCACCCGUCUGCUCCACAGAAAUUAAUGAAACAAUCUUCACCCUUUCCACCCAAUUAUCUUCCCACAAAGAGAGUGAUUGUUUAUGCACAGCUGUGUUGUCAAUAAAACAAAAUGUCUGGUCAAUGGCCUUUUCUUUUCUGGAGGAGGUGGUAAUCAUCAGGCUAAAUGUUAGCUGCAACAGGGUUAUUUUGACCAAAGUGUGAGCCUCGUCUGUCUCUGUCCGUAUUUGUAUUCUUGUCCGUCUGCAUUUGUGUGCCUUGAUGUUACAAAAUAAAAGUCAUCUUUGGCAAA